AAUUACAUUUCAGUGAGAUGCUGUGAGUGAAUCAGACAAAAAUAUUUUAUCUCAUAGUCGUCUUCUAAUUGGUUAUGAAUUUUGAUCGGAAAGUGUAAUUGUCAUAAAAUAUCCACACAGUUACAAACAAAAUACAAAAUACACAAUUCAAGUUAUGUGAAAAAUGUUUAGUUUAUAUUUAUGAAAAACUAGAGUGAGAUGAUAUGAAAAUAUGAGGAAGUAUACCUGGUGCCUUGUGAUUUUUUUUGCUUUCUCUAUUUAUGAUGUGACUUCGUAUAGGGAACGCCGCAAUGUAUCUGUAGCAAGUACAACUCCUGCUACCGACGAAGACGAUGAUGAUUGGGAUGAACAGGAAUCAUCAGAAAUAGAUGAUGAUGGAAAAGUAUACAAAAAUCCCAGAAAUUCACCGUCCACUUUAUGUCCAAGAGAUGAAGAACAAGCUACCUUACUUGGUCAAAAAUGCCUAAGAAAAUGUUCGUCCGACGAAGACUGCAAAAGUAAGAAGAAAAAGUGCCUUUGUGAUGGAUCUUGUGGGUUGUCCUGUAUAAAACCUGAUCGAGAAUGUCCUGAACCUGAACAGAUAGCCUAUGGAACAGUAACGGCGAGCGGAAAAUUAUUUGGAGCACGAGCUACUUAUACUUGUCAACACGGAUAUCAUGUUGUAGGACUACAAAGUCGAACUUGUCAAGCUAACGGUCAGUGGGCUGGAAGUUCACCAGCCUGCAAACAAAAUAUCUAUUGUUUGUCACCUCCAACAAUAGAUCAUGCCAGACAUAACGCCCCAGCCGAACAGGCUACCUUCGACUUGGAUUCAACUUUGCAGUACUAUUGUCAUACUGGAUAUGUUACGAAUGGAUUUCCAAGGGCUAAAUGUUUAGCUAUAGAUGGUCAAGCUUCUUGGUACGGACCUGAUAUAGCGUGCGAACCUAGAUCUUGUGGAGCUCCAACAGAUAUCUCUCACGGUUGGCAUGCAGGUGAAUGUUACACAUAUGGAUGUAGAAUAACAUACCAUUGUGCAGAAGGGUACGAACUUGUUGGUAAAAAUGAACGUUACUGUCAAGCGGACGGUGCGUGGAAUCCAAAGGAACUUCCUACAUGUGUUCUCGUUACAGCAGUCCAGUGUCCUCCGCCUGAUAAUCCAAGACAUGGCAAGGCUAUUUACACUUCUUGCAGUUAUAAUUCCGUCGUAAGUUAUGAGUGCAAAUACGGAUAUACCCUAGUUGGAGAAAGCACUAGAAGAUGUGGUGCCGAUAAGAAAUGGUCUGGUAGUCAACCAGUAUGUAAAGAAAUUAACUGCGGUCAUCCUGGAAGGUUAUGGAAUGGAUGGUUGGAAAACAUUGAAGCGGGAACAGGUCUUGGAGCUUCUAUUAUAUUCAGAUGUCACGAUGGUAUGCUUCUCGAAGGAAAUUCUUCGACAGUAUGUCAAAUAGAAGGAAAAUGGAGGUACCCUCUACCCAAAUGUUUAGCCCCUUGUGUAGUACCACACGUUACUCAAGGUAGUGUUAUCUUAAUAGGAAAAAAUGAAACAGCUUUAACAUCUACAGUUGUUCAACAUGGUGAAGCUUUAUCAGUUGAUUGCGAUCCACAUUAUGAGUUCCUGGCUAGUUUGUCUCCAGUUACGUGUAACAACGGUACCUGGACAUCUAUGCCUAAAUGCGAUCCUGCUAGGUGUAAGCGUUUGCCUAGCGUUCCAAGAAACGGAAUGGUUAUUGCUCCCAAAAUGGAACAUGGCAUGAAAGCAAGAUUCAAGUGUAAAGAUGGCUUUGAACUGAAGGGUGAUGAUCUAAUGGAAUGUUCUUUUGGUAACUGGACAGGAGAACUUCCAAAGUGUGAAGAAGUAUACUGUCCAUAUCCGGGAAACGUACAAAAUGGCAAAAUUUUACUGGUUGGAAAUAUGGGAUUAUAUGAUUACCGCCCAUACGUUCGAAAAGUCACAAAUAAUAAACAAAUUAUGUACGAUUGUGAUAAGGGGUACGUUUUGGCUGAAGGUCCACCCGGAGCUACUUGUAUCGGAGGGCAUUGGAGUCCAAAAGAAUUACCAUUAUGCCUCUUAGGUCAACAUCCUAGGAUACGCUGGAACAGAAGGAAACGAUCUGCAAUAAUGGAAAAAUACAAAAGAGCAUUUAUAAGAAAUUAUAAGCUAAUUUAUGAGAAAAGAGAUAAGAGAUAUGUUCACAAUUAUCUUCAUUUGGCUGAAGAGCGAGUUAACAGAAGUCUACCAGCUAUAAAAACUUUAUCAGAAAGAAUAACUGGAGCUUUCCGCCAACUAAGUAAAAUAAGAAGGAAGCGAGCUCUUAAAGGAGGCAGUGGUAGUAGAGCCUUAGGUACUAGCCACAGAGGCUCAAGCUCAAGUCUGAAUCUUCGCCGAGGUAACAAAAAGAAUCCAUAUGAAGAGGAAGAAGAUGACAAACCGAUAAACCAAGUUGUCGAACCUAAGAAACCGAAACAGCCGAAAAACAAAGGACCUUGCAAACCGUUAUCUACAGAACCUUACGUUAAUGUCGAAGUUGUGAAACACGGUAAAGAUCCUAACGUUACUUUUAGCGCUGGAACUGUGGUUAAAAUGGCGUGCGGAAAAGGAUAUGGAUUAAAUAUGCCGGAAAAUAAAACCGCAAAAUGUGUUAGGGGAAAAUGGAGACCUACCCAACCAAUGUGUUUGAUAUUACCAUGUUUCGUUCCUGUAACCCCAUACGGUAUUUAUAAACUAUCUCAAUCUGAUCAACCUUCCAACGUAUCCAUUAACUAUGAUCAACCUCUGAACGAAACGGUUGACAUACAAAAUGGACAAGUGGUUGAAUUCUCUUGCGAAGAAGGGUACCAAGUACUAGGUCCUAGCAACUUGAGAUGUUGGCACGGAGACUGGGCAGUUACCAGUUUUCCCGAAUGUACACCAGCUCCUUGCCAACUUCCAAAAAUACCACACGGCCAAUACACUUCUGGGUACAGAGCGGGUCUAACUAUAGCCAAUGGUUCAAGUGUAGCAUAUAAUUGCAAUCAUAAUGAUGGCCAACAACCUGCUACUCAGCAUAUUCAAUGUCUUUUGGGUGAGCUCGAACCAAAAAUACCCAACUGCAGUCCAGGUCCUGGUGGAAGCAAAGUAGAGACUCAAUAUUUGGGUGGUAGUGAUAUUGUAAAAGGAGGAGAGAUAACCGUUAUCCAAUAUGGUAACUCCGGAGGAAACGCUUGUGGUCCGCCAGCUAAAGUUCGUGGUUCCUUAAUAUAUAGAAAUGGACAGCCGAUCGUUGAGGACGAUAACAACUUCCCCGACGGUAGCGAAGUUACUUUCAACUGCAUAGAAAGCAUCAUGGGUGAGAAAACGACAUGGAAAAUAAUUUGUGAAGACGGGAGCUGGAUAGGGAGAUCUCUUAAUUGUGAUGCUGAUGAUGUGGUCGGUGCACAGAUUCCGAGUAACAACAGCACUUGCAUUUUUAGAAAUCAGGAACCUAAUGUUAUAUCGUUUUUUAAUGAUCAACAAAUACGCGAGGAUGUAGUUGAGUUUCCAGCUGGAGCAGUACUUAUUAGUCGCUGUAUUGACAUAGGAAAAUUCGCGAUGAUAGGUCCAAAUAAAAGGAGAUGCAUGGGAGGAGAAUGGGAUGGAGUUAAACCAGCCUGCUUCGGUUUAAAUCAAGCUAAUGAUUACUCGAUGGAAAAACCACCAACAAUUCUAUUUAGGCAUCAAUUGGGCCCGAUAGCGCAAUCUAACGAAGGCAAACUAAUUGUCUACCCAGGUACAAUUCUUCAUAUGGAAUGUUUGUGGAUAAGAAGAUUCGGUAAUCCUAAAUGGACAGUUAGUCACGAUUAUAGGAAAUAUCCGGAAGGAUGGUCGACGGAUCCUGGCAGAGAUUCUCAAUUGGAAUACAGACUCUCUAUUUUCCACGCCUCUAAAGACGAUUCUGGAUUAUUUACAUGCGUCACGCCAGCAAGAUAUACGCAUUCCGUUGAAAUUGAAGUGAAAGCAAUUCAUUGUCCAGUUGUACCACAAAGAAGAGGAUUAACCGUUAACACUCAGAGCACAAAGAUGAAUACUAAACUGAAAUUUUCAUGCAUUAACGGAAACGCUUUGAUCGGAGCUCCAGAAGUUGUUUGUCUUCCUUCUGGAAACUGGAGCGCCCCUUUUCCAAUUUGUGAAAGUAUAGAAUGUGGUGAGGUUGGAGUAGUGCUUAGUGAACAUUUGAAAGUACUAGUUGUAUCUAGAGAAGUAGGAGGGAGAGCUAUUUUCAGUUGUGAACCCGGUUUUGGUCUUAGAGGUUCUUCUGAGACUAUUUGCCAAUCUAGUGGCGAUUGGGCGACCCCAUUUCCUACUUGCGAAGAAGUACAUUGUGAUAAUCCCAAUGCUCCAGAAAAUGGUUACAUUCAAGGUAGCGGUCCAUAUAAAGCUGGAGAUGUUGUUCAAAUUAAUUGCAAUCCAGAUUAUAUGAUGGAAGGUCAACCUAUUAUUGCUUGCCAAGAGAAUUCUAGAUGGUCUGGAAAGAUGCCCAAAUGUGUGCAAGCUUGUUCGUAUCCUGGUACUACAAUAAGCGGUAGAAUGUCCUCUGUUAAAUUCUUCUACAAAAUUGGAGAAAACAUAACUUUCACUUGUGAAGAGGGUCUCCAACUUAAAGGUGCUGCUAUGUUAAAAUGUUUGAAAAAUGGAAAAUGGUCAAAUACUAUCCCGACGUGUCUUCCCGAAAAUUCUGAUACACCUAAACAAAUUUCCGUAUUAUAGAAAAUCGUUUAAAUUAUAGUCGGGGCGAUUGUCGCUUUGAAGUUUCUAAAAUAUGAUAAUAUUGAUUGUAAUGGUUGGUUAAUUUGGUUAAAAAUUAAUGGGAAUUGUUGUAAGCGAUAUUGAAAUGCUAUGAAGUCUUAUAAAAAUUAUCUUCAGGUAGAAAAACCAUUGGUAAAUUGAUAAAUCUGUAGUCUACGUUUUAUUAUAAGAGUAUUUUUAGAAAAUCAUAGUCAGAUCCGGACUUAGAGACCCUGGGUCCCUAGGCACUUGACAUUUAUGUACUCCUACCAUUUUAUUUUAGUAAAGAACAAAACAUAUAAUUUUUUAUCGUCUUUAGUAAACAUCUGAGCAGUUUAUAUGGCUAUAGAUAACAAAGUUAUUCUAUAAAAUUAUAUACUAUGCAAAAGAACGAAUGAUCUCAUCAUAGUCAAUUGACUCUAUGCGUAUUACACCUAUGUUUCGACUUUUUUAGUUACCAGUUUGACCCUAGGCUCUAAACAGAUGUCCAAAAAGCGUUUUGUCUAUCAUUAUUUAUAUAGAUUCAUUUAAAUCGUUUAUUGAUUCGUUUUGGCAAAAUGUUACUUAGUUUUUAUAUUGUAUAAACCAGAUUCAAACACAUACAAUAAACUCUGCAAGCAUUAAAAAAUUAUUGGCGCUGUAAACGGUCAUCUCAGCAUUGUUUUCAAUUAAACCGGGCAAAAAUAUCUAUAGAUACACUUAAAGUGUCAAAUGAAUUAUAGUUUUCAUAUAUCUCUAGAAAUUGUUACUAUGUUAGAUAAAUAUCCUAAUAACGCACAAUAGCAAAAAUUAUCAUACCUAGACCUGUUGUAAAAUCUCUUUAAAAACCGUUUUCGAUUUGUGAGUAUAUUGAAAUAUUAAUGUACAAUUAUAUUAUACAUUAUUCUAUCAUAGAUGUGAGAAAUUAAUAAAUACAUACAUUUUAA